GCAAUACUUUUAGGAAUAUCAACUUGUUUCACUGGCUUUUAUGAACUUGGUUGCAAUAAUCUGUUCAUGGUCAAACUGCAUAUACUGGAUGACAGCAAAAUUGGGAGGACAAUUAAAGCAAUAUCCUUUAGUGGUGAGUCCUGGUCACAUUCAACAUUGCUCUUAACACUGGUGGACAGACUAUUAUCUGUAUCAUAUACCAUUGACUUUUAAGUCUGGGAAUCAGAAAAGGGGCUGAAAGUACUGUGGACAACGGGGAAACAAUUCACAACAUCAUAUCAAAUUGAGAAGAAGUUUGGCAAACAUGAAGGUUAGUAGAAGUAAAAUGCUACAUUUAGUAAAGAAACCAAAGGCACAAAUACUUAAUGGGACCAAACCAGUCAAGUAGCAGUUGGCAUGAAAAGACCUGAGGAAUCAUACUCAGCAAGGGCUAACAUAAUGACAAUGCUAGAGAAAGUAAGGUCAGAUCUUAUUCUGUUCUACAGUAACAGGAGGAUCAUAACUAAGACACAGGCAAUAAUUAUUACAGCCCAUGGUUGCAGAUCAGUCUAAACAGAAGAUUGCUGCUUAGGGACACUGCAGAGAAAUUUAAGGAAUCAUCUGGUAGGGAGAAGAUAAGCAUGCUUGAUACUUUAGCAGUACAGGGAGAGGACUAGAUAGUCACAUUAAGUCCCUUCUAGGUCUAGACUUGUAGGCAUUUUGGAACAUGGCUGACUGGCUUUCCACGUUCUUACUGAUUCCCUGUCUGUGUCAAUUCUUCUUGAAUUAAUUAGUCACCAUACACUCCAGAUUAUGAAACAGUCAAGACUCUUCUAAGUCUGACUUCCUUGUGUGAUAUUUUUUCCCCAAUUAGAGCCACACCAGAUUUUAGAAUUACAUUCCACAUUCUCACUGGAUGAAUUGUACUGCAAUUUCAUGGCAGCUUUUGGGUUUUCAGAUACUGAUACUGCACAAGGGACUUUGCCUGAAGAGGGUCUUUCCAGGCACACUGGAAUUUGAGAAAUAAAUAGUGAAAAGAUUGCCCCAGAAGACAUGAUGUUUUCCUACAAAGGUGUUUUAUACCCUGCUGUACUUAGCAGCCCAGAAACUUUGGAAGCUCUGAAAUCCUUUGAGACCAGGAGUGAUGAUGUGAUUCUAGCAGGCUAUCCUAAAACAGGAACCAACUGGCUUGGAGAAAUCAUGAGGGAGUUGGAAUCAACAGAUGCCAAAUAUACAGAAGAAGAAAUGAAAGAGAGAAUAAAUGCUGAAAAGAAGUUAGAGACAUUUUCACGUCUGGAAUUUGGAGAUCCUGGGAUAUAUGAGAGGAUGAAGAAACUGCCUUCCAGGAGAAUUAUAGUAACACAUCUGCCACCUCCUCUCCUGCCCCCAUCCAUUCUGCAAAGCAAAGCUAAGAUCCUUGUGCUAGUUCGGAACCCCAAAGACACGGCUGUCUCGUAUUACCACUUCUACAACAGCAUGCCAGUGCUGCCAUCUUUCUCUUCCUGGGAUGAGUACUUUGCAGCCUUCAUGAAUGGGAAAGUGACAUGGGGAUCCUACAUUCACCACUUAGUGGAAUGGAACAAAUACAUUGAUGAUGAGAGAAUCAUGAUGAUAAGCUACGAGGAACUCAAAGAGGACCAGAUACUGGGAAUGAAAAGGAUUGCUGCCUUCUUUAGAUUCAACCUGUGUGAGGAAGAUUUUAUCAGAAUUGCCCAGAUGACCACGUUCCAAGCUAUGAAAGAGAAAUCCAAGGAAACCCAUGGAAAGUUUGGGGACAUCCUCUUCCGGAAGGGGGUUGUUGGAAACUGGAGAGACCUCUUCUCUAAAGCUCAGAAUGAAGAAAUGGACCAAAAAUUUGAAGACUGCCUAGGAGGAACGAAGCUGGCAGCAAAGAUGAAAUAUGAUAUGUACUGCAAGGCCUGAAAAUAAGCAGAUUAGAAGCAUGACAGCAAGUCAUGUUUCAAAGAUGAUUCUCCAAAGGUGGGAAGUUCCCAUGUUUCCUUAUCAUGAGAAAAGAGAGAAAAUCCUCAGAGAUCUAACUGUCACCUCUAAGCAUUUAAGUGAUAAUUCUUUGGUGUGUGCUGGGCCUAGGGCAUGUCCUUUACUUGACACAACCAAAUAAAAUGUACAUAUGCCUCAAGUGAAUGCCUAGCAUUCUUUCAGGAGGGAGAUGGUGCACAGACAUCAUAGCACCAGUCUGGUGGUGUUCCUGUGUCUGCUUCAUG